CGCCGGUAUUCAUAUAAGACCAUUGUGCGAGCUCAUAGGUCAUUGACCACUGCCAUUCACGACAUCCUCGCUUAGCAUUGCUUUCAUAAAAACAACCCGUACUUGCUUCACAAUGUCCGACGUCACUAUCACCUCUUUCUCCGUUCACGAUGUUCGAUACCCUACCAAUGUCACGGGUGACGGUACCGAUGCCAUGAACAAGGAGUGUGACUACUCUGCUGCCUAUGUCGUUCUGGAGACCUCCUCCGACCUCAAGGGUCAAGGAAUGACCUUCACUAUUGGUCGAGGUAACGAUAUCGUCUGCUACGCUAUCAACCACGUCGCCAACAUGGUCGUCGGCAAGAAGAUUGAAGACUUUUUCGCCGACAUGGGCAAAACCUAUGAUUACCUCGUCAGCGAUCCUCAACUCCGAUGGACCGGUUCGGAGAAGGGUGUCAUCCAUCUUGCCACCGCCGCCGUUGCCAACGCCAUCUGGGACCUCUACGCCAAGGCCCGAGGCAAGCCUCUCUGGAAGCUCAUCUGCGACUUCUCACCGGAAGAGUUCGUCAAGUCGGUUUGUUUCCGAUACAUUACCGAUGCCAUCACCCCUGAGGAGGCCUUGGCCAUGUUGAAGGAGAAGGAGAGCAGCAAGAAGGCUAGGGAGGAGGAAGUCAUCAAGCGGGGUUACCCUGCUUAUACGACCUCGGUCGGAUGGCUCGGGUACUCGGACGAGAAGAUUGCUAGGUUGACCAAGGAGUCAUUGCAGCAAGGUUUCAACCACUUCAAGCUCAAAGUCGGUGCCGACUGGGAGGACGAUCUCCGUCGAGGAAUGUUGAUCCGAUCGAUCAUCGACAACCCGGAGAACAUUCGGGAUGAUAGGAAGAACGUCGACCCCAAGACGAUCGAGGGCAAGAACGCUGGACCUACCGGGUGUGUCCUCAUGGUCGACGCCAACCAGGUCUGGGACGUCUCCCAGGCUGUCGAGUACAUGCAGAAGUUGAAGCCCCUCAAGCCUUGGUUCAUCGAGGAGCCCACCGCGCCCGAUGAUGCUCUCGGUCACGCCUCGAUCAGGAAGCAGCUCAAGCCCCACGGGAUCGGUGUUGCCACCGGCGAACACGCUCACAACCGAAUGACCUUCAAGCAGCUCUUGCAAGCCGAAGCCAUCGAUGUGUGUCAGAUCGACUCGUGUCGAUUGGGAGGUGUGAGCGAGGUCUUGGCCGUCUUGUUGAUGUCGGCCAAGUUUGGAAUCCCCGUCUGUCCUCAUGCUGGAGGUGUCGGGCUCUGCGAAUACGUCAUCCACCUUUCCCUGAUCGACUACAUCUGCGUUUCCGGUAACAUGGACCGCAACGUGUUGGAGUUUGUCGACCACCUCCACGAGAACUUCCUCUACCCCGUGUCCAUCAAUAGCGAGGGAAGGUACAAUGUGCCCCAGGGGGAGAAGGUCGGAUACAGUAUCGAAAUGUACCAAAAGUCGAUCGAAAAGUUCACCUACCCUAGCGGUUCUUACUGGGUUGCGAUCGCCAACGGCGAGCACCCGGACACUCACUAGAGCUAUCGCAAAGCGAUCAUCGUGUAUAGAAAUUGCAUCUUUUCUUGUAACAGGGUCGUGGGAUACGAUAUACAAUCAGCAUAGUCUUGUCA